AUGGGGGUCACCGUGUGGCCCCUCUUCUCUAGGUGCAGGCUCUGCCAGACAGUUCCUCUUGCUAUCUUCGCUCUCCUGCUUCUUUAUCUCAGUGCUCGGAACCUCCGAGCGCUCUCAGGCUGCGAAUCCGGGGCACAGUCCUGCACGCCCAAGGGAUCAUUGCCCUUCCAGAUCCAGCAAGAGGGAUCCCUAGAGGCACUGGAGCAGGAAGAGCCUGCCUGUCUGGGUACUCAGGGGAUGCUAGGCCGCAUGAUGAGACCGUUCCACGCCAGUCUGAGCCACAAAGGGGACGUGGAGUUGUCGCAGUACCUGGCCGGAUGGAAAGAGUUGGUCAAGUUCCUAACUCCGCUCGGCUCCAUCUUUGCUUUCGCCACAAGCGAGGCCUCCACCAAGGUCACAGCCCUGGAGACUAGGGUGCACGGCCUACAUGCCGCGCACUACACAUCGCUGGCGACCAUGACGGCGUGGGAGCGGCGGACAGGACUGCUGGAAGGGGCCGGGACUGUCCCCCCGGACUCGGGCUCACGAACGAUGCUCUUGUUGCACCGCGCGCUGCGCUGGUCCCAGCUCUGCCUCCACAGAGUGGCGACCGGGACACUCGAAGGCCCGGACGCCGGCGAGCAGUGCAGCGACGCCUAUGAAUCAGCUCUGGCUCCGCACCACCCCUGGCUCAUCCGUCAGGCAGCCCACCUCGCAUUCCUCGCAUUCCCGCGUCGUGACAGGUUGCUCCAGGUGGCGUGUCCGGGAACCAGGGAGACGGUGGCCCGAGCCGCGCUGGCCCGGGCUGCCGGCACCCUGGAGGAAGUCUACAACCGCACCCAGGGCCUACUAGCCGAGCGCGGUCUGCUCCACAUGGUCUGA